AUGGAAAAGUACCGCUUGGUGGAGGAACACAAGGGUGAAGGCGAAGACUUUCUAGAGCAAACAUCAGAGUCUGAAGUUAGAAUAACACAACAGGGGAAACCACGGAACUACAUAUCGUACGCUAUGAAUCUCUUUGCUGAGGGUUCCAAUAUAAUAGUAUUAAAGGCCAUGGGAAGAGCUAUUAAUAAGGCAGUCACCAUUGCCGAGAUCCUGAAGCGGAAGAUGCCUCUUCAUCAGGUCAACGCGCUGUCGAGUGUCGAGAUGAUCGACGUCUUCGAGCCUCUAGAAGAAGGGCUAGACGUAGUUACCAGCAGACGGCAGGCAACGCAUACUUCUCGCUGA